AUGAGGCUGGAGUGUAUUAGCCAUGUUUGGGAGAAUGCUGGAUCCAUUGAGGGCACUAUAAAACACAUGCAGGAACCUGCAUUCAGUAACAAGACAAGUUCUGCAGACCUGUUAGGAUUAAAUCUUACCUUUGGUGGGAGCUCUGGGACCAGUGAUAGCAGUCCAAGAGGGGUUCUAGCAACUAGCACUGUAGGGGACACUGCUGUCAACAGACCCAUGUCCCCAGCAUCUAAUGCAUUAACAGGUCUUUCAUCGCCAGCACCAUCUGUUAGCUCCAUAACAUCUCCUGUGCUGGCUCCACCCCCACGUGCUGAUAGAUAUGCUGGUAAGUUUUGUGGCAUUAAAUAGAUCAUUAUUAAUAGGGGAAGAGGUAAGUAAAA